GACGUGACUUCCGGUGUAGCGGGUAUAAGAGGGCGCGCCAAGAGGCGGCAGCCAGAGUGUUGCCCUGUAGUCGGACAGACUCCAAGAUCGUGACACAGAACUUUCCCUUCGUCGUACCUGACUCCACGGAUCUUCAGACGAUCAAAUAGACAUGAGGUGCAUGUUUCGCCUGCUGGUGUUGGCGGCGGUGAUUGCCGUCCUGACCGUGCCGUCUGACGGCUGGCGGCGGCGGAGAAGGAGACGUGCCCCGCCGCCACCUCCUCCUCCCGUCCACUGCCAAGUAGGGGGGUGGUCUCCCUGGUCCACAUGUUCCAGAUCUUGUGAGGGCGGCAACCAGGCCCGGACCCGCGCCAUUACCCGGCAUCCCGCGCACGGCGGAAGGGCGUGUCCCACUCUGCGCCAAUCACGAGCCUGCAAUCUGCAGACUUGUCCCAUCGACUGCAUUGUGGGAACGUUUGGGAACUGGACACGGUGCGACCCCUGUGAGAGGAAGGAGGAGCGGGACCGGCUGGUGCUCAGGCCCACCCAGUUUAAGGGGCACGGUUGUCCCGCCGACCUGCACGAGACCCGCCCCUGCGUCACGAACGAGCCCUGCCCGCCUAAGGACAGCUGUAGGGAGAACGAGUUCACAUGCCAAAACAUGCGGUGCAUCCCGCAGCUCCAGACGUGCAAUGGUGAUAACGACUGUGGGGACUUCUCCGACGAGCGGCAGUGUGACCGGAUCUUUGACGUGUGUGACGGACAGGACUUCGACGCCAUCCCCAACAUUGCGUUCGCUGGCAGCGGGUACAACAUCCUGUCAGGAGAGGUUGCCGGGAAGGUUCUGGAGAACAGACUGUACGGCGGCACGUGUAACACUGUCUACAGCGGAGACCACGGCAAGAGCUUCCGCCUCCCCGAAAACCUGCAGAACUACCGCUUCCAAGUUCUCGCUGAUAACUCCUUCGCGGCCACGGCGUACAACAGCGCGGAGGAAUAUUACCGCGAGACGAGGUCCAACUCCCAGCGGAACGUGAAGGUUGGCGGGUCGGGCAGCUUCUUCGUCAUCAAGGCGAGUGGCGGUGUGUCGCACAGCCAGUCCCGCAUGACUCACGAAGUCAUCGAGUCCGCGCAGAAAAUAGACUCCAAGUACUUCAAAGUGGUGAACACCGUCGAGCUGGCUCAGUUCAAGAUGCGCAGAAACGGACUAAACCCAUCCGACAUUUUCCUGCGGCGAAUGAAGGACUUACCUGUGUACUACAACUACCUGGACUACAGCUUCCUUAUUGAGGACUUCGGCACGCACUACUUUUCCUCGGGCAGUCUGGGUGGACAGUAUGAGUACGUUUACCGGUACAGCAGGGCUGACUUGUCACAUUCUGGUCUCACCGAGGAGGAGCAGAAAUCGUGUCUGAGUGCCGAAGCUAAGGCCUCAUUCUUCAGCUUCUCCGGCAGCAGCAGCGGCAGCAGGUGCAAAGAAAACGCGCUUUCCCAGAGGAACAGCGGAAGUUUCACCCUGUCGGCGUCCGAGUCCUUCUCCCAUGUGAAGGGCGGCUCGUCUGAGUCUGCCGGCCAGCUGGCCUUCGCUAACGGUCCCAACCCGCAAAAGUACGAGGCGUGGAUCCAGGACGUCAAGCGGAACCCUGCCAUCAUCAGCUAUGAGAUCACGCCCAUCUCUGAACUCCUGGUCGGCAUCCCGUACGCGGACAUCAAGCGGCGGAACAUGGAGAAGGCUCUGGUGGAGUACCUGCACUUCUACCACUCCUGCAAGUGUAACUCCUGCCAGAACAACGGCCAGGCCAUCAUGAUCGGCACGGAGUGCGUCUGCGUCUGCAAGGCGGGAACCUACGGGAUCUCUUGCGAACUGGGCACGCAGGUGGAUAACGUCGGUACUGCUGUUCACGGGAAUUGGGCGUGCUGGGGCUCCUGGGCGCCGUGCAGUAAGUCCUGCGGGUCGGGACAGCGGGUCCGCCGCCGAACCUGCAGCAACCCCACCCCCCGGAACAACGGUCAGACCUGCCCCGGACAGGACUCCGAGACAGAGACCUGUAACUCACAGCCAUGCCUGACACAAUGCCAGCCGGGGUACUACUCCCGUACCGGGUACGCGCCCUGCAGGGCAUGUCCAGCCGGCGCCUUCCAGACCCUGCCCGGCCAGAAGUCAUGCCUGGACUGCCCCCGCGGGACAACCACCGGCCGAUCCGCAUCAGUCCUGUUCGAACACUGUGUUGAAGAUGAUGAAUCAGAAGACACACACUCAGUCGGCGUCCACGGUUCGCGUGGUUCCCAUGGACACGCCGGGUCAGCAGAGGGGUCACGACCUGGGUCACGACCUGGGUCCAGGCCAGAUAGGACGGGAGGCUUUGGCUCAAGAGGCACUAAUGCUAGCUAUAGUGAUGGGGCAAGUGCGGUAUCUAGUGGCUCGGCUGGUAGAGGAGUAGUUGAAACAGACAGGGUUAGGGACACGGUUAGGAUACCAGAAGAAGAAGAUGAAGAAACCGUUAGGAUACCAGAUGAGGAUAGGGUUAGGGAUACUGUUAGGAUACCUGAAGAAGAUGAGGACACGGUGAGGAUAUCAGAUGAGGAUAGGGUUAGGGAUACUGUUAGGAUACCAGGUGAAGACAGGGUUAGGGACACAGUUAGGAUACCAUAUGAAGAGGAGGAUGAUCCAACAGAGCCACCAUCCACCAAUCCCCGUCGACACCACCACGGAUCGUCUUCGGCAUCCUCCGGAGGCGGUCGGCAACAUGCCGAAGAGGACCCGGAACCUGCCGACGGUAAUGAGAGAAGUACCGAAUCUCCAACGGAGAGUGAAUCUGCUGCUGCUGCCUUACCAGCUCGUCCUGGUGCUGAAACGUCAUCAACUGAUGCUGACACGUCACCAGCUGAUCCUGAUGACGUCAUCUCAAGCGUUCUAGACACCUGGAGAAACAACGAUGAUGACUACUAUGAUUAUUAGUGAAUAGUGAGACUCCAUUGUCCAUUGAAGAACUGGAAUAGUCUAUCUAUAGUACUUACUGUAGACUUGAAUAGUAAAACUUUCUUAAGUAUUCACCAACACUAUGCUUGUACAGCUAUUCUUGCCAUGUGAGAUGAAGAUUUAUUUUCUUCCAAGCAAACUGAUAUGUUGAUUGACUGAGGGGAAUUUUGUUCCCUAUCAAAAAAACGGUGAACUAUGCAAAGCUCUUUUUUUACGUACAAGGUUGAUAUUUAUAUGAAAGCCACUCAGAAUUUUGUUAAAAGUGUUUGUACUUGUCUAUUUGCCUAAAUGUUACCAUGCAAUUUAUUGCUUUAUGAUUUUAUUAUGUUGAAGUUGUUUUGACAGUUGAAUAUCCCUUUGUAUGUUUUAAGAUGGUGUCUAGAAAUGUCAUGUUUGAUACACUAAAAUGAAUUCCUCCUAGCCUAUCAAAUACUAGUACAUGAGUGAAUUUUCAUCGUAUCUAAGGAAAUGCACACUGCCAUAUGAUGUCUUCAUAUCUUACAAGUCAUGAGCCUCUUCAUGAAGAUACAUUUGUAUAACCCAUUUGCAAUGGUUUGUUUUUGUUACAAUCCUUUCCAUGAUUUUGCGAUACGGUUACUAUAUUUGUUAACGGUGCACUUCAGAGUCAAUAAGGUCAAUGGCAGUGAUUAACAUUCUACGUUUUAUAAAUAAACUCUGACAUAAAAACAAA